AUGGCUUUCGGCAGAUCUAAUUCGCUGAGCCUGAAUACUGGCGCCGCUAACUCUUUGUUGUACCAGCAGCAACCGAACACUACUGGUCUCUUUGGCCAAGCUCCAGCAGCAUCCUCGCAACCACAACAAUCCGGCGGCCUCUUUGGCGCUUCAACCGCUACAUCACAACCACAACAGUCGGGCGGUCUGUUCGGAAACACAUCUGCUGCCCCUGCCGCAAAACCUACCCUCAGUCUCUUUGGAAACACCCAAUCUUCCACAUCAACUUCUCAACCACAGCAGCAACAAUCCGGAGGCCUUUUUGGAGGUGCAACUGCCAACAACAACAAUACAUCAACCACCGGAGGUCUUUUCGGUGGUACAACGGCCAACAACACCACUUCAAACACUGGAGGUCUUUUUGGAGGGGCAGCCGCCAACAAUACCUCGUCAAACACCGGUGGCAUUCUCACCAUGGGCCAAGGCAACACGGCGCAAAGCAGCACACAGCCUGGCGUCAAGAUCGAUCUGUCAAACCUUCGCCCAACCACGCGCUUCAGCGACCUACAUGACGACCUCAAAAAACAAAUAGAGUUCAUCGAGACGUCUAUCAGAAAACAAGAAAACUAUGCCACUCAAUGCGAGGCUAUGAUUGUCGGUCAUGCCGCUAACGUCGAGAGCAUCAAGCCCGACGUCGACCUCAUCCAGAACAAGAUCGAGACGGUCGAGCUUGCCCUUGAGAACGACGGUGCGGCCAUUGCAAAUGCCAAGGAGCUUGUUCAAAGGGAUGCUGGUGAUCUUAUUCGUGUCGCUCGCAUGGCCGAGAACUUGCAACUCCCUCAGCAGUACCACUACGGAAGAACCAGCAGACCUUCAACAACGGACGACGAGUACGACAUCGAUCUCGUUGGGUACUUCGGAAAGCAGGCCGAAGUCAUGCAAAAGACUCUCGACACGUACACCUCUCACCUUGCCGAGAUUGAAGCUCACCUCCGCGUCGUCGAGGGAAGCACCGUACAACAAGCACAUCAACUCGCCGCUCAAAGAACAGGUGGUCGCGCUGGAAACAGUUCAGAUAACGUCCGCGAACUGGCAGAGACACUUCGCGGCUUCGAGAGCGGCAUCCUUGGUGCCGCAGGUCUGGUUGGUUCCUGCAGAGAAGGUGUCAAUGAGUUGAUACUUGGCAAGAUCGGCGGCGAUCCUCGAGAGAGUGUUGGAUACGGAGGCAGGAAAUCAGUCAGAUUCUAA